CCUCUAGAGCACAUGCGCAGUGGAAUGUCAACCUUUAAAUGUCUUAUCUACGCUAAUCAAUAACGGUGCAACAAAAAUUGAAACAGUUUAUUGCACAUCACUCAUAACGUUAGAAAUUCCGCUGGAAGUGAAUUCAAAAUCCCUCAGGUACAGUCGGCAUGUCAGAGACGAGGAGAUGUCAUCGCCUGUUUUCUUCUAUACGCCUUUAAUAGUCUUGAUCGUAUUCCCGCUAUACACAGCAUCACAGACGUGUUUUCCUAGAUGUCAAAGUUCGGAAUAUUGCGGAAACAGGACGGAGGGUGGAGGCCUUACCUGUCUAGUUUGUAAUGAAGCCUGCAAUGGGUGUACGGGACCAGGGCCAGAGUCCUGUCUGAGCUGUGCCGAACAGUUUUACAACGCCAGCACAACUUGUAGAGGUUGCAAUGUUGCCUGUGAUGGUUGCACAGGAUCGGGUCCAGAGAACUGCAACACGUGCUCUGCUGGAUUUUAUCCCGUGGGCGGUAUCUGUAGAGGUUGUGAGGAGGGGAAGUUUGGAGUGAACUGCACGGGAACCUGUCAUUGUCUGAAUGGAGGGGCAACCUGUAGAAAAACAGACGGAAAAUGUGACCCCUCUAUCUGUGAAUGGGGAUGGUCUGGGCUACCUUACUGUCAAACACCGUGUGAACCGAACUUCUAUGGGAAGAGUUGUAAACUGGAAUGUCACUGUCCCGUGAACGACAGCUGCAGCAGUAUUAAUGGGCUGUGUUCCUCUGGGAAAUGUCACCCUGAGUACGGCGGGGCCGGGUGUCAGAUUUUGCUUCCAAAGUUGAAAGACCCGCCAUUGAUAACCGAUAAUGUGUGUGGAAACAUGACCGUGACUUUCAAGCUGUGGGUGAAGGAUUUGGACAUCGGUGACGGUCCUAUCGGAGAAUACAGGUUAGAAGUGUUUGAAUUCAACACUUCGACGUCUUGGAACAUCAUUAAAAGCUACAAUAAAGUAAAUGCAUCCGGAGUGGUAGAAACAUUUACAGCUCUCGAUGUAAAUUCUCUGUACCGCUUCCGGGCCAGUCUUGUUAGAGAAGAAGAUGGUAAACUAAUGACCGACUGGACGCCAGGUUUUCCAAGUGAAUUUUAUCCCAGCGCCUGUGUUAUUCCUACCACGACCACAUUGAGACCGCCCACCCCAGCCCCUACCCCUCCCCCAGGUUCAUUAUUUGAAAAGUUCGUAGUUAACUACGAUUCGGUGGGUAAUCUUAUCACAGUGAGCUGGGCUGGUAAAGACUUCAGUAAUCACCUUGGUAACGUGAGCAUCACUUAUGGAAUAACUGGAAUCGGAGACUGCAAAGACUUUAACAUCACUAAUGAGAACACAAGAAUUGGCGCAGCACGGGAUUCUUUAAAUCUGAGUGGAUUAUUGCCUAACAGACGGUACAAUGUCAAAGCCGAGAUCGAUGUCUUUAAUUUGAAUUCCACGGAGAAUGACCGCACUAUAUCCCGGGAUAUCACUACACGGGAGGAAAUACCCUCUGGAAGUGUGCAGAACCUCAGAAAAACCAUCUUCAACACCACCAGUCUGACAAUGGAGUGGGACCUCCCAGAAUGUGAGGGAAGGGGAGGUAAACUUGUGGGGUAUCCAUACACCCUUCAUGUCUUGAACACUGGGCAGUUAGAGAAUAACGGGACUGCUUUACAGGGACGGACGACCAUUGGUGGAUUAAAUCCGCAUACCAACUACACGUUCGAGGUGGCCUAUAGAAAUACGGUCGGGGAUGGACCGCAGAGUUCUCAUACAGCAAUCACAGAUGAAGCAGAACCUUCCGCUCCAGUUAUCACUAGUAUUUCCCCGGGAGUUGAAAGCAUUGAAGUUAACUACACUGAACCAUAUAUCAAAAACGGAAUAAUUCGAGAGUACGAGAUAGCAUUUAGUACGACCUUCGACUUCAAGGACUUCACACACAAAUCAAGCGCUGUCAAAUCCGUUACCGUGACAUCGCUAACUCCCUAUACAAACUACUUCAUACGAGUCCGUGCCAGAACCAAACCAGGGCUGUGGGGGGAUUUCAGUGACGUGAAGGAGACCCAGACACGACAGGCAAUCCCCGGCCCGCCCGCUACAUUAACUGUUAUUCCACAAAACGAAACAUGUUUGAGAAUUAUCUGGACUUCACCAGCCUUUGUCAGAGGAGUUAUUAAUAAUUACACGAUUACAUGCUCAGACUCGAAGGGAAAUACAUUCUCAGAUUCCAAGUCUAUGGAGCAAUUCCAACCUGACGUUUUAUCCCACGACCAGUGUGGACUGACCGUAUAUACACAGUACAAGAUCGAGGUUUCAGCCAGUACUUCCGAGGGGACUGGUGUUCCUGCAAUAGGGGUUGCAAGAACAUACCAAGGAACACCGGAUAAACCACCACCUCCAGUGCUGAAAAAUACAACCGAAUCGACGAUCACUAUUGAGGUUUAUCCAUUUAAUAUUCAGACUGGGCCUGUCACAGCUUACCAGAUUUACGCUCAUGAGCUUGAAGCGUCCGGGCGACGGCGACGACAGACUGGCCCUGCAGGGAAUGUGGUGGCAAGAUUCAAUGAUUCUGAAAUCAAAACAAGUAAACUAUUUACCGUGGGCGACGGUGUCUCAAAUGGAGGACAAUCAAAUCCUCCACUAAAGAAAAACACGAACUAUGAUAUUUACUACGAAAUUGUCAGUAGCGUUGGAACCAGAAGGAGAUCCAACUUUUCCAAAAUGUCUCCGUCUGCCACCACUGUACUGAUCGUAACUACCACUGCUCCACCCGUGUUUGUUCCGGUAACAUCAACAGACAACACGCCUGUGAUUAUCGCCGUUGUGAUCAUUGUUCUGAUCAUCUUACUCGUUGCUAUUGUUUUCCUGAUACUCUUCCUCCGCUCCAGAACCAACCGGUUUUCUCCUCCUCUGUACGACACGUUUGAAGAAGAAAAGAAGGUGCAGUUGACUAACGUUGAUGAUUAUAACCCUCACGAACACUGGAACACAAUAUACUCUCUGAGGGAGAGUCGGUACAUUGUGUCCGGACGAGAUCUCGUUCCAGAUGACGGUUAUCAUGGGACUAUUCUGAACGGAAAUAUUCCACUCUCUAUGACGUCUCCACCUGUUACAUUUCAACAAGAGUUUCAUGAACUUCCUCGACAGCCAUUGUCGUCGUGGAAUGACGCGGUACGAAGUAAGAAUUCUAGGAAAAACCGAUUUCGUCAUUUAUUACCGUACGACCAUACUAGAGUUGUGCUAGACCCUGAUGAAAAUUCGAGUAGUGAUUUUAUCAACGCUAACUUCAUCAAGGGGUUCAAACAGCCGCAUAGAUAUAUCGCAGCUCAAAGUCCCUUUGACGAGGAAACCGUUUUGGACUUCUGGAGAAUGUUGUUCCAAUACAACAUCAAAGUAGUUGUUAUGAUCACGAAUGUGAUAGAAGAUAAAAUUGUGAAAUGCUCCAAAUACUGGCCUGACUCGGAGUUGGGGAUUGUGAAAUACGGUAAUUUUACACUAGCGCUUAUUGACGAGAAAGAGUAUGCCGACUUCGUUAUUAGGACGGUUAAAAUCAAAACAAAUCAAGACGCUCACACAAAAGUUGUUCAUAUCUUUGAUUUCUGCUCAUGGCCUGACCAUGGUGUGCCUGAUGAUACAAUCCCCCUUCUCGAAUUUCGGCAUAAGGUACGCGAAUAUCACGGAAAUGACAAGUCACCGCUCGUUGUGCAUUGUGGAACGGGAGUAAGCAGAACAGGCACUUUCAUUGCAAUCGAUUCUUUGUUGGAGCAGUAUGAUGCCGAGGGUGUUAUAAGCGUGUACUCCUUUGUAAGAAGAAUGAGAAAAGACAGAAUUGCUAUGGUACGAACAGUGAAACAAUACAUUUUUAUAUAUGAAGCAAUUUUUGAAGCGCGUGUUGCCGGAGAAACACGUGCUGGUUUUGACUUGAAAGAGAAAUAUCACACGUUAACUAUGCGCAAUCCCAAAACAAAACACUCAUUUCUUAGAGACCAGUUCAUAUCUCUGCAAUCGUUUACUCGAAAACCGACUCAGAAAGAGAGUUCCGAAUCUCUUAUCCCAAUUAAUUAUUCGAAAAAUCGAUUUCCAGAUGUAGUACCUCCUAACAAAUACAGACCGGUGUUGAAAACUCCCGGUGGCAUUGAACGCACGGACUACAUCAAUGCGGUUUUCUUGGAUAGUCAUGAGCUGAACGGUCAUUUCAUCGUGACUCAGUCCCCGCUUCAUACGACGGUAAUUGACUUCUGGAAACUAGUUUACGAUCAUGGCGUCCGCACAAUAGUUGCGAUGGAGGACUUUCAAAGUGAGGACGACACUACAGCGGAGUACUGGCCAGAGGAUAAAAUCAAGAAAUUCGAGCCUUUUUUCGUUGACAACACAAACAUAUGGCAGCAGGAAAACGUGACAAUUCGUCACUUUAAACUUCACAAUAUGUUGAAGCCAAAGUCGACUCCCCGUGAGGUUCGACAAUUUCAGUUCAAUGCUUGGAGCGAAAACGACUUUGUUCCCAAGUCAAAGACGAUGCUUUUGGACAUCAUUGAUUUGGUCAAGAGUUGGCAAAGACAAUCCAACGAGAACACUGCCCCUGUGUUAGUACACUGUAAAGAUGGUGCCACUCAAAGCGGGUUGUUCUGUGCUAUCUGGACAAUAACCGAGGCCAUGGAAAUAGACCAUGAUGUAGAUGUGUAUCAUAACGUCAAACACAUGAAGAGGCGCAGACCUCAGAUAGUCGACACACUGGAGCAGUACAGAUUUUGCUACAAAGUAUUGUGGGAUUACAUGAAUCUGCGCAUGCCUGGAGGAACAUUGACAAACAUGAUGAAUCAUACCAAACAGGAUCGGUUAUACAAUGUGGGCAGUCUAAGCCUGGCCUCAUACACAUCCCAUUUAGAGUACCUGUGAAUCAGAGCAGCUCAGAGCCCGCGUGUCUUCCUGUGUUAGUUUCAUAAAAUUUAGAACUUGACAAAUAUACUGAAAUGUCCGUAGAGGUGCUGGGUUUUUUUAACUGCCCAAUGCAAUAUCCAUAGAUAUUAUUUGAAUGACAUAGCAUUUAAGUUGAUUAGUAUUUUUGGGGGGUUAAAUUAUCAAAGUAAGUCAAAGUUGGAUUAUCAUAAGUUUAUUGAAACCACGUCAUUAAAUUAUUUUUCAUUAAUUAUUAUAUACAUCAUGUAUAUUCAUUAGCGGAUUUAUAAUUCUUUGAAAUUUGUAUGGCAAAUACUUAAAUGAUUCACAUGAUUACAUAUUUGCUUUCCCCAGUACAUUUGUAAUUGCUUUGCAUUUUACAUCUCUGUAGGCUGCAAUAAAUCUGAGAGCAAACUGUGGCAGUAUUACCCUGGUCUUGCACCUGCUGUUUUUUGUACUAAUUUAUUUUGUUUGUCUGGUUAGAUGAAUAUUGUUGACAAAUUAUGUGACAGACUGUGAUACAUUUAUAGAACAUAAAUAGUGCUAAUAAAAGUGCAUUAUAAGU